CCGGUCGGAUUCAGGCCGAGACGUCUCGUGCUGUCUAUUUGGCACUUUGAUUGAUGUCCUCGUGGGGGGCAAAGGGGUUGGGGGGCAACAGUGGAGCGUUGCUUUCCUGCAUACACACCGAAAAAACACACACACGCACACACAUACACUCGGUAGAUAACGACAGGAGCUCGUGCAGAAUAAACCCAGACGUUGAGUCCUGGGAUCGGCGCGUGGAGCAAACUCUGUUCCUCGCGCCGGAGCUGGGGACUCGCGCAGUGGAGGCCAUGGAUCACACCGGGAUACCGGGGGCACAUCUGCAGGAGCACCCGCACGCAGAGCCCAUCAACUUUGGCAUCGAGCAGAUCCUCAGUAUGGAGAGCUGCAUGCUGAGCGCGAGGAUGCACGAGCAGGACUAUGGGCACGGGGCCUACAACAACAGCGGCGCGAACGGUGGCGGCUACAUAUACAGUAACACCGGAUAUAACGGCACCAGCAGUGCGUGCGGGAUGGCUUCCCUCGGCUCGGCUUAUCACAUGAACAUGGGCGUGAAUUUGAACGGGCCUAACGUUACUUCUGCCGGGCAUGGGGUCAUCCGGGUCCCGGCACACCGACCCCUGAGCUGCGGGAGCUCUGCGGGCUCCGCGCCUUCGGGUGCCGGGAACAUCAGCCUGAGCGCGCUCACCUUCCCCUGGAUGGAGAGCAACCGGCGCUUCACCAAAGACAGGUUCACAGUGUCCCUGUCCCCCCUUACUGUCACCCGUCGUGUAGGUCACCCGUACCAAAACAGGACCCCCCCAAAGAAGAAGAAGCCGCGGACGUCGUUUAGCCGGCUGCAGGUGUGUGAGCUGGAGAAGCGCUUCCACCGGCAGAAGUACCUGGCGUCCGCGGAGCGGGCGGCGCUGGCCAAAAGCCUGAAGAUGACCGACGCUCAGGUCAAGACCUGGUUCCAGAACAGGCGCACCAAAUGGAGGCGGCAGACGGCGGAGGAGCGCGAGGCGGAGCGGCAGCAGGCCAACCGGAUCCUCGUGCAGCUGCAGCAAGAGGCCUUCCAGAAGACCAUCACCCAGCCAGUGGCCCCGGACCCGCUGUGCCUACAGAACAGCUCUCUGUACGCCCUGCAGAACCUGCAACCGUGGACCGAGAACACCGCCAAGAUCAACAGCGUGUCAGCCUGCGAGUAGACUGAGCCAGCGGCCGGGUCUUACCACGGAUAGCGGGCAGAGACCCGGCCCGCAGCUGCCGAGGAGCUCCCCUUCUUGGCGGGUCUCUCCGCCACUCUGCAGCCUCUGCUGCUCCCAGGACAGACUUGCCUGCUUCGGCCCGCUUUGGCCUGCUAAGCCUUGCAGAGACCACACUUGACAUUUUGGAAAUAUUUUGGAGACAUCAAGAAGAACAUUAUGCUCCAUAAAAUUGCGCGAGAUGACCAGGACAUACUUAGGCCUACUUCAAUUAUGAGUUGUAUUAUAUUUGUAGCUAACUGUAGGGACUUGAUGUUUCAUAAUCAGCAUAUUUCCAUCUGUGUUCAUCAGCUGAUCAUUCAGAGGGCUUCACAGGCUACAUUAAAAGACAAAUCGUAUAGACACAACUAGGCCACUUGACGCCUAAUGUUGAAAAUGUUACUACAUUCUCCAACACCUCUCACGCUCAUUUAAAACAAAAAGUUGUUUUCUUAUUUCUCUCUGACACUGUUUGUGUGUGUGUUCGCGCGUUUCUGCAUAUUUGCGUGACUGUGUUGACGGUCAUACAUUUUGGACACUGAACAUAUUGUGUCUGCUGGGUUUGACAAAAUACAUGUUCAUGUCCAUGUCAUGUUACAUAGGCUACCCUAUAUUCUCACGAGCUACAGUAGAGAGAAAUUUGAGCAACUCACAGAUGCUGAAUGAGCGAUGUUUGGAUCAUCCACAGAAACACAAAGAGCCUCGCUGCAUUAAAUAUGCCAGUAAGACACGUGACCCUUGUUCACAGCAGCACAGAGAGGACCAGCUAGCAAACACUAUCAGACAGAUCCUGCACAUUCACAUAACUUUCAACUUCAUUUGGAAAAACGAGAGCAUGAAGCUGUAAAGCAGAAUAUUGACUGUUGCGAUGUGAGUCUGACACAUGCACUAACAGAGGUAUGUCCACGUGGAGCUCUGCAUAUCACCGAGUCAGCAGAGCUCGUUCCCCAUGUGUGUAGAGACUGCUGUCUUGACUGCUGUUCCUCAUGUACCAUAUUGUGUGUUUCAUGGUGCACCUCAAACUUAUCUGUUAUUGUUUGCAUUUGUACUCAGACGUCCCAUUAAACAUAUCUUUUGAUGCAUGAGUUUUAACAUUCUCUAAUGAAAGCAAGACAUUUAAACGUGUGUGUGUGUGUGUGUGUGUGUGUGUGUGUGUGUGGGUGAUGCAGGGACGUGCACAGACAUUUGGAGGGGCUAUUGCUCUCAACUGGAAAAACUUGUUUUUAAUGUAAAAGGUUCAUAAAAUAAAAACACAACACUGUCAUUGCAAGUGACACUCAGUUGACUUUUAUGUCCAACUGCUAUUCGUCAUUCAGGCACAUUUUUGGUUUUACGGUCCAUAUCUCAUUACAAAUAUUAGUAACUAUUAAAGAAAAAAUGGGGACAAUCAAGUUUUAAUGUAGUUUGACCUUUGUAACUGCUGUGCAGACAUUCUGAUAAAAUAGGGCUUCUAACGUAACUAGGCUAAUUAAGCCUACCUUAAAUAAAUUCACUAAUUAAUUAAA